AUGACACUAGGGAUCAAGGACUUUAUGCAACCACAGGGAUCGUCCUCUUCGGGUUUGGCAGCAAUCUCGCAGGAUUCCUGGGAAGCAGCGCAAAUUCGCUUUCUCACCGAAUCUCAACUGCCAUUUCGAUUACUGGGCCAUCCUGGAUUUUGCGAGUUGAUUACGAUGGCUCAGCGUAUGACUUCUAGACUAGAGCUUCUCAGUCCAAAGACUGCACGGCGUCGAAUUAGUGCGAGCGUCGCUACUCGUCAGCGUGAAGCUCUGUCUAGGCUGCCAAAAGGGGCCAAGAUAUCACUUGCUCUAGAUUGUUGGACUUCUCCGUUCCAGCAGGCAUUUAUGGCGGUCACUGGCUACUUUAUUGAUGACAACUGGGACUAUCGGGAGAUGCUUCUUGGAUUUGAGCCUCUGACCGGGACACAUACAGGUAUGAACCUUAGUGUUGUUGUCAUGGAUCUCCUCAAACAGCAUAGGAUUGCCGAUCAAGUGCUGGCAAUCACCACGGAUAAUGCAUCCAACAACAAUACCUUGAUGGAAAGCAUCCAAGACGCUAUCCAAUCGCUCAACCUUGGUGAGGGGAUCACAGUCAUUCGAGUCCCUUGCCUUGCCCAUGUAAUUCAGCUUAGUCUAAAGCAGCUUCUUGGGCACAUGAAAGCGGACCCAAAAAAUGACCUUGCGCAGAAAGACUGGUACGACCCUCAAGAACAGUCUCCCCGCAACAGACCGCAGCAAGCAGCGAUCAUUGAUACCCUGAAUAAAGUUCGGCGCUUAGCGAUCUUUGUCAACGCCAGCCCGCAGCGCCGAGAACAAUUUUGCGAGCUCCAGACUGAAGCGCCUAAGCUUGUACCGAUCCAAGAUGUUCGGAUACGUUGGAAUUCAACAUUUUUAAUGCUUCGACGUGCUAAGCGGCUACGUUUCAUCUUUGAUCAGUACUGCUUAAAGUAUGGACAGUCACAUUUGAUGUUGGAUCAGGAGCAAUGGCGUCAGAUUGACUACCUCCUGUGGAUUACUCGGCCAUUUUUCAGGUUCACCACCGCACUGUCGAAGACAAAGGAUAGGACUCUUCAUCUAGUGUUCGGCAUCUUCAACAUGCUUUUUGACCAUCUGGAAAAGUCGAUUGGGCAGCUCCAACGAAAGAAGGUGCCGUGGAAGAAGGUCAUGCUCGCUGCCCUUUAUGCGGCCAAGGAUAAGCUUGCAUACUACUAUAGCAAGACAGACGAUAUCCACGGUGAUCUUUUGGCAAUUGGAACGAUCCUUGCCCCACAGCACAAGCUCCAGUUCUUCAAGGACUGGGCAGAAGAGGAUGUAGACUGGGCUUCGCGGUAUCGGGAGAGCUGCGUAGGAUACUUUGAGCCUUACAGCCAACGAUAUCAAAAUAGUCGUGGGAAGACCCCGGAUCCGGACAGUGAAGAUGAGGGAAGCGAGAUCAACCUCGACAUGAUGAUUCAGCCAAGCGCGUCAACACAAGCACAUCAGCAAGAUGAGCUGAGUAAAUAUCUUGACGCAGGCACAAUUACUCCAAAGUCGAUCCGAGCUUGGUGGAAAGAGCAUCAGUACGAGUAUCCAGCCCUUGCAAGCCUCGCGCGGGAUAUUCUCUCGAUCCCGGCGACUGGUGCUGGCGUUGAACGUCUCUUUAACUCUGCCCGUGAUAUAUGCCACUACCGUCGAGGGUCACUACGCGCAACAACAAUCCAGGAACUUAUGAUGUAUAAAUUCACAACAAAGUUCGAUAUAGAAUCCGAAGAUCUGGCUCUACAGGAGGAAUAUCUCUCGCAUCAAGAGAUUGAAGCGAUCCAGGAAGAGAAGGAUGCAGGUCUCCUUAAGGACACUCUUGACCCUAUCAGCGACGAUGAAGAAGAUGACACAAUGGAAUCUCAAGGUCAAGCUCUCGCUCAGACUGCCACGCAGUGUGUUGGAGGAAAGCGGCAGCAAAGUAGAGUGUCUGAUACCAUAGAAGCUCAAGGAAAUAUGGAGUCUGAUGAUGAGGCAAAUUUUCCCCUUCCAGACACCCAAACGCGAGUUUCAGGGAGGAUUCGAAAGCGUCCAAGAUGUGAUGAUGAUCAGUUUAUAGAAUACUAG